GCAGGGAUGGAGCGGGCGGCCGGGAGAGCCCGCUCGGGCCCCGCCGUCGCCGCUACGAGCGCAGCGCUGCGGCUCGCGCUGGCGGCGCCCGCGCUGCCCGAGGGCCCCUUCGACUGCCCCAUCUGCCUCGACCUGCUCAAGGACCCGGUGACGGUGCCGUGCGGCCACAACUUCUGCCAGGGCUGCCUCGGGGCGCUCCGCGAGCGGCCCGGCCCCCCCGCCGCCAACGGGGCGGCCCCCGCCGCCGCCCGCUGCCCGCUCUGCCAGGAGCCCUUCCCGGCCGCGCUGCGGCUCCGCAAGAACCGCGCCCUCUGCGAGGUGCUGCCGCUGCUGGGCGCCGCGGCCGCAUCGCCCCCCAAGGGCAGCCCGCGGCAGCCGCCACUGCCGGGCCCGGAGCCGCCGCCGGGGCCGGAGCCACCUCCGGAGUCGCCGCUGCACCCGGAGCCGCCGCUGGAGCCGGAGUCGCCGUCGGGGUCGGAGCCGCCGCCGGACUCGCCGCUGAAACGGGAGCCUCCGGCGGGCCCGAUGGCGCCGGGGGCCGAGGAGGAGGAGGCGGCGGCGGGGCCCGUGCUGUGCGACGUGUGCCCGCCGGGCUCGCGGGCGGCGGCCGCGCGCUCGUGCCUCGUGUGCCUGGCGUCGUUCUGCGCGCCGCACCUGGAGCCGCACGGCCGCGCCGCCGCCUUCCGCGCGCACCGCCUCGUGGCGCCGCUGCGGCGGCUCGAGGAGCGGCUCUGCCCGCGCCACCUGCAGCCCCUCGACGGCUUCUGCCGCGCCGAGCAGCUCUGCGUGUGCGCGCGCUGCCGCGCCCACGAGCACCGCGCCCACGACGUGGUGCCCCUGGAGCGCGAGCGCGAGCACAAGGAGGGCCAGCGGGCCAAGUUCCUGAGCAAUGUGGAGAACGAGCUGGAGGAGCUGGCGGUCACCAUCGCGCAGACCAGGAAGAUGGUGGAGCUCAUCAAGGGUGCCGCCACCAAGGAGCGGGAAAGAGUGGAGAAGCUCCUCACGGAGAGCUCCGAGGUGCUGGCGGCCUUCCGGAAGGAGGUGGUGGGGUUCAUCGAGGACGGCGAGCGCUCCCGCCUGGCGGAGGCUGAGGCCGAUCUCCGCUGGAAGGAGGAGAGACGAGCCAAGCUGGCCCAGUGCAAGCAGAACCUGGAGAGCGUCCCCAGCACGGACACCAUCUACUUCCUCCAGGAGUUUCAGGCCCUCAAAAUAGCCAUGGAGGAAAAUCUCUCGCCCGGCCCGAGCUUCCAGAACGAGCUGAGCUUCACCAAGUCCACGCAGGCCGUGAGCGCCGUGAAGGAGGUGCUGGCGGCCGCCUGCCGGAGCCAGUGGGACCGCUUGCUGGGAAAGGGGGGCGACGUGCUCAGCUUCCCGGAGCCCGAGGAAGAGGCAUCCGAGUCCCAUUUUCCAGGCAAGUCGAGCAAUCCCGUCUGCCCGGAGAGCCGCGAUUACUUCCUCAAAUUUGCCUUCAUCAUUGACCUGGACAGCGACACGGCCGACAAGUUCAUCCAGCUGUUYGGCACCAAAGGGGCCAAGCGGGUGCUCUGCCCCAUUCCCUACCCGGAGAGCGUGACCCGCUUCGUCAACUGCGAGCAGGUGCUGGGCGAGAACGUCAUGAACCGCGGCAACUACUACUGGGAGGUGGAGCUCAUCGACGGCUGGGUCAGCAUCGGCGUCAUCGCCGAGGUUUUCAACCCCCAGGAGUCCUACGAGCGCGGCCGCCUGGGCCGGAACGAGAAGUCCUGCUGCCUGCAGUGGAACGGUCAGAACUACGCGGUCUGGUUUGGUGGCGUUGAGUCCGUCAUCCAGCAGCCCUUCUUCCAAACCAUCGGGGUCUUCCUGGAGUAUUCGGAGAAGGCCCUGACGUUCUACGGAGUCAAGGACUCCAAGAUGACCUGCCUGCAGCAGCUCAAGGUCUCCCGUUUUAAGAAGGGCCAGUUUGACGCUUUGCAGAACAAGAUCAACCACCUAUUCCCCUCUCUGUUCUCCUUCAACCUGAAACCUGCCUUCUUCCUGGAGAGCGUCGAUGCCCACCUGCAGCUCGGGCCGCUGAAGAAAGAUUGCGUUUCGGUGCUAAAGCGCAGGUAACUCCCCAGGUCGCCGGAGCAAGGCAAGACCCAGAAGAGCCUCCCAUGCAGUAACUCACCCCGGCCAGGGCUUCCUUUCGGUAGCGUCGUGUUCCUCUGUGACAGACCCCGCUCCUCGCUCUCUGCYGCUAGCGACCCGGGCAGGGUGAAGCCGAGCAGCGGGCAGAGCCGUGUGCUUGGACCCAGGAGCCUCUGGAUUCGAGUCCUGGCUCUGCCGCUGAGCGAGCUUGGGCGCAUCCUGCUAUUGCUCUGUGCCUUAGUUUCCCUGCCCGCGCACCAGGGAUGGCGCUCCGGGCUUUCCUGGCGAUUCCCGUCGCUCGUGACAAGCCCCAUCUUCCCGUAUAUCUCUUUUUUUUUGGGGGGGAAAAGCCAGGGCCCUGCACUUACAGCACCCAAACCUCAGUCUGACCCAGGCAGCAGUUCACAUUUUCUAGGAGCUUUUCCAGGGCCGCCCUGGAGGUGCUAACGGCAGCAGUGCCGAGAUGCAGCUCGCUGUGCACAGGCAGCUCCCUGUCUCCGGGUCUUUCCCAAGUUUAUUUUUGCUGGGGUGAGUUGCUUACCUACCUCCCGAGACAGGCUUUGCAGGAGCUUAAURCUGGGUAGCGUGUAACUAGAGAGGAAAAUAUAGCAGGUCCCAUUCGUCUCUGGUAUGAGUGAGUCAGUGCUGACGCAUCGGCGUUCAACAGGGGUGGAAAAUGGCCCAUUUAUCUAUAUAUAAGAAAAAAAUAUAUAUAUCUCCCAGAGGAUAGGCUGGAAUACAUAGUAGUGUAUUCAAGGGGAGCCAGGCGGGCUAGGUAGACGAGCAGCCAAGAGGUCUUAAAGUUAAAACCACAUUUACACAAACACUGGGGCUUACAGAGCUCCUUUACUGUAACCAGUGGCGGGAGAGCUGCUGCUCCCGGCCGCCCAUCCCGCGCCCUGCCGAAGCCGCCGGCCGGAUGCCCAGGGAUGGCACCGCUUUGGGGUCCGGCUGGGAGCCAGGAGGCACCAAAGCCCCAUCCCUAAGCCCAGCAGGCAGAGCUGGCCCACAUGGGGUGACCUACGUGCCAGGGAGGCAGCUCUUGGUCACGCCGAGGGCUGGAAGAUGGGCUGUCCUCACCCUCGGUCACCUCGGGGGCCGUGUCUUAGCCCCAAUGAACCCUAAAACAUUGCAGGCGGUGGGAAAAGGGGAAGUUAAGUCUUUCAGCGCUAAAUAUUUGGAUGAAAUCUCGACCUUUCCUGGCCAACGGGAAUGUUGCCCRGACUUGUGUCCGGACAGGAUUUUGCUCCCCACGUCCUGAGCUGCUGCCUCCAAACCACUUUCUGUCCCUCGCGCCAGCCUUUCCUGCCGGCGUUUGCCUUCGCGA